UGGGUUGCUCUAACAGACGUAUGUUCGCUCUUUUGCUUAUAUUUUUAUAAGUUUAUAUGAAAACAUGUGUAUUCGUAUGAAUUCUUUUUGUGCAUAUUAAUGAAUACUUGUGCAAUUGAAUAAAUUUGAAUUGUUUAAAUGAGUUAAGCAUCCGCCCACUCUACCCGGAAUAACUGGCGCAUCCUAAUGCGCCUGUGCAAUUCACCACAGAUGAUGAUUACAACACAACUAAACUUUUUGUACACCAACACUGUCAACAAAAAGGAUGGACAACGUGAAGGCAGGCUCAAUUCGCCAUAAACAAUCCGUUCUAAACAUUCAAUUCGAUCUUCACAAGCAGCACAUGCAAUUCGUCACAUAUACUGCGCACGUCUACUCUCCGCUUACAACCCCCGUCCCGCGCGCUACAGCAAGCUUUUGGUCAACAGCGAACUGACGCGCUAUCCACAUACGCUCGUUUAUGCUGGUUCCCCAAAUAAUUGAACAUUUAAUGUAAAUAAAAUAAACUGUGUAAAAAUACAUAUAAAGACUCGUAAUAAAUUAUAUUUUUUCAUACUACUCAAGUAACCAGGUACUUUUAUUUCAAAUGUGCAUGACAUUGUAUCUAAUGGUUACAAACGUAUUCAUGGUCCUUCGAGCCUUACAGAAAGGCACUAGUGGAAAAACAUAAACCACAAUAAACAAUAUAAAUAUAUUAAUAUAUACUUGUGCAGUGCAAAAAACAAAAAAGUGCAGUGAACAAGCAGAAAAAAAAAAACAACCCAAGAAAAGUGUGCAGUGAGAAACAGAACAAAGAAAAAAAGAAUAAAAAACAGUGCUGGCCCAACCAAAAAAAAAAAACAAACCCGUAUACUUACAUACAGUGAAACUUCUCUAACUCGAACUUCCGUAGCUCGAAAUAUUCUCUAUAUCGAAUUUCCUUAAGAACAAAAUACGUUUUUAUAACAUCACUAUGUAAUUUUUUCCCUAUAAGUCGAAUUUCUGUUACCCGAAUAUUUCUAAAACACGAACUAAAAUGUCACAGAAACAGCGGCGGUAACCAAGCAUAACUCGAAUUUUUCGGGGAAACACCUACCGCAAUUUCGUGGAAUUACCGAGCUGCGAGUCGGCGACAGAUAACGACUUGAAUUUUAAAUUUCUUAGCAAGCGUCGCACGCACUUACAUAAGAUUAUAUCAGUUGUUGUUAGAACGGUGGUGAAAAUUGUCAAUUUUUGUAGUGAUAUUGGACUAAAAUGACAUCAAAACGAAGUGUAAAGUGUUUAACGCUUAAGGAAAAGUUCAAACUAAUUGCCGAGGUAGAAAAGGGCGAAAACAAAAAAAAAACAUUGCACAAAUGUUUGGGAUUCCUCCUAAUACGUUAUCAACCAUUUUGAAAAACAAAGACAAACUUUUAGAACAAAAAGGUGACUAUAAUUUUAACUCCAAACGAAAAAGGAUUACAACUUGCGUCAAUAAUGAUGUUGAUCAAGCUAUGCUUAAGUGGUUUACUACCGCACGUGAGAAAAAUCUUCCUCUCUCGGGAACCUUAAUCAGAGAAAAAGCUAAAGAAUUUGCGGUUGCUUUGGGUCGCGAAAAUUUUUCUGCUAGUGUAGGGUGGUUAGAUAAAUUAAAAAAAAAGGCAUAAUAUCGCACAAAUGUCGAUUUCGACUUUCUCCUUCCGCCGAUUUACAGUCUAGUGAAGAUUGGAAAAAAAACGUUUUGCCAGAUUUAAUCAGACAAUACCACGAAAACGAUAUUUUUAAUGCAGAUGAAACGGGCAUUUUUUUAAAUGUUUACCCAAUAAAACAUUAGCCUUUAAAGGUCAAAAAUGCUUUGGUGGCAAAAAACAGCAAGGAGAGAAUUACCAUUAUGGUUGCAAGCAAUAUGAGUGGUUCAGAAAAGUUGAAAUUGCUAGUUAUCAGUUAUCGGCAAGUCAAAAAACCCACGUUGUUUUAAGGGUAUAAAAUCACUUGAUGUGGACUAUGAGUACAACAAAAAAGUGUGGAUGACAAGUGAAUUUUAUGAUAAGUGGCUCAAAAAUCUAGAUAAAGUCUUUGUUGCCCAAAAUAGAAAAUACUACUGUUCGUUGACAAUUGUCCCGCACAUCCUAAAAAUGUACAAGCAAAUUUAAAAAACAUUAAACUGCAAUAUUUUCCUCCUAAUUUGACGUCUGUUCUACAACCAAUGGACCAAGGGAUUAUUCAAAAUCUCAAGCAACAUUAUAGAAAACGAAUUGUGAUGAAAGUUUUGGCCCAUAUGGAAGAACCAACUCCUACGACUGUGUCGUUACUUGACGAAAUCAGGGAUCUAAGCAAAACCUGGAAUUUGGGUGUAAAACCACAAACAAUCAGCAAUUGUUUUAGAAAGCCUGGUUUUGCUAAAGGUGAGUUAAUGCAGAAUGCUACUACGGAUGACUGGGAUGAAGAAGACGAUCUUCCAUUGUCUGAAUUGAAACAAAUUUGGACCACAUAUCGAACGGCAAUGGGAACCGAUAAUGUGUCUUUUGAUGAUUACGUCGAUAUUGACGAUGGUGUGCAAACAAUGGGAUUCCCAACAGAUGACAUUUUAGAUAGCGUCAUGGAAAAUCUAGUUCCUUCUGGAAAAGACUUAGAGGAGGAAGUCUCUAGUGAAAGCUAGGUUGAAACAACAACUGAAACUAUACCCACAUUUAAUCAAGCGUAUUCUGCUAUCCAGACCCUAAGAAAUUUUACUUCGUCGAAAGAAAAUGUUCCCAAUGCAGUACAUGCGUCAAUAAAUGUAGUGGAACAUUUUAUAGAGAAAGAGAAAUGGUCCGUAUUUAAACAAAAAAAAAAUUACCAAUUUUUUCCAAUAAGAAUUUAUAUACAUUUAUUUAUAUACUACAUAUAUAUUACAAACUGUCUUUUUAAAUAAACAUGCUCAUACAUACAUAUGUGAAUAAAUUUGAACUCAACUUAGUGUAUUUUCCUUAAUUCGAAUUUUCCGUAACUCGAACUCAACUUUCUGUCCCUUGGACAUUCGUGUUAGGGAAGUUCCACUGUAUAUACAUAUAAUAAACAGAACUAAUAAUCAGUAAAGGUGCAGUGCAGUACAUUUAAAAUAUUGUAUAUACAUAAAGUGGAGAGAAAAGGUGAAGUGACAACGACAACAAAACGAACAAAAAACAAUUUCAACAAAGACAACAGCAACAAACUAACACGCGUUACCUAAAACAAAACGUCAACUAAAUAAUUAAUCGUGCGCGAAAACGAAAUUUAAACAAUAAGCUUAAACGCAAAUCGGGCGCGAAAAAACUAAAAUAAAAAACCUAAAUACAAACAAAAACAAAAAAACGGGCGCGAAUCUAAACAUCAAAUUGUUAAACAACAAAAUAGCUGGAAGACUUCAGAAGAAAGGAGAUUCAAUAUUAUACCCUACAAAGCCCAAAGUGAGCGUAUUCAUUUCAUAUAAGAACAUAUACUUAAUUUAUACUGCGAAUAUGUAUGAAUGUAAAAAUUACAGAUCUAAAUGUAAUGCCUGUAAUAACAAAAAAAAAAUAUAUAUAUUUACCAAACUGUUAGAAAAUUCGAAAACAGUUCGGUAAAAUCAACAACUUAACCUUUGUGUAUUCAAACACACUUUUUCCAGCAACACUCUUUAUUCUAAGUAUUUACUUCCAAACAUUUUUGGGUAACAUCCCUCUGUUUUAUAAAAAAGUAAGCAGGACUGAAAAAGAGAGAAAAACAAAUAAAAAAUAAACACAAACAUUCAUACAUACAUACAUAUAUGCAUAUUAAAAUACCAUAUACAAAGUACACGUAUAUACUUACAGGCAUAACCCACUUACUUA